GUUCAUACGACAAUUUAUGGAGUGCUAUACAUAGCUAGAUCAAAAAUAAGCAUUAUAAGUCUAUGAACUGUUUAAUGAAUAUAACAAAUUAACAUCUUCUGUGAGAUAAUUUGGAUUCAUUAGCAACAGUUUUAAAAAUUGCAAUAUUUCCCAACCUAAGUAAUCUCAUAUUUCAUAUUAGAUGGUAUAUACCAACAAAAAGGGAGUAGGAUGAAUUACAAUUAUAUUUUUAGAAUGUUAAAAUUUAUUUAACAAGUAGAACUAAAAGAUAGAAAAUUGAAAAAUCUGCUUCUUAAGUCUUGAGAGUGUGUCAAAGUACAGAUAGAGUCUAUAGAAAAUCAACUUCAUUUGUUGGAUAAAAAGGUGAUAACUUUCUUCAAAAUACUACUUUAGGGUAUAUGAAAAAAAUAUCUACUGCUACAAAUCCUAUUGCAUUUUAAUAUACAUUUGAAAGCGAAUCAAAAACUGAAAUUUAAUAGAAAUGA